AUGGCCAAGGAUUGUGAGGUCAAUGAUCCUGCCACCAGACUCACCAAUGUCAAGAGGAAAGUAGCUGAGUUGGAAUAUGUCUCAACCUGUGAUGUUGAGGGCAAUGGCAUCAAUGAUAACUGCAGCAAUCUAGAUGAUGCCAUCCAUGUUUUGGGGCACAAGAAUGCUGUGCCAAGCUUAUCAGCCACAUCUACUAGCAAGAGAUCUAUCAUAGCAAGCAAUUCAUCAAGUCAAGUGCAGACCAUCCCUGUGCAAGUGCAUUUCAACAAUUCAGAUCUCCCCUUGGAUCUGCAUAAAGAUCAGAAGUGGAAGAGGGAAGUUAUUCUGACACUAAUCCUAUGGGCUGGAAACCAAGAGGAUGCAUUCAACAUCACCAAGCAAGAUAUUUGUGGGGCUCUACAGGAGACCAUGCUGGUCAUAUACCCCAUACUCAAGAACAUGGCAGGCAGCAUUCUUCCCAGCUUGCCCAUGGUUUCUGUCAGAAACCUUGACAUGACUGCUCCUGAGAAGGCCUUCCACUCUGUUUUUGUGCAACAGCUGCUGCUGAGCAGCCAUUUGACUGCAACCAAAGGAUACAUUCAAGUCCCCAGUCUUGACACUUUGUCUUUGGUGAAGCAUGGUGUUGUUGGUGCUCUUGGACUUUGUGCUGCUGUGCUCUCACAUGGCUUGAACCUCAUUAGAUCUGGUGACAUCAAGCUCAAGUCCCCCAUCAAUGUCAAAGAUGGUAUUGCCAAAGUGGCAAUGAGGUUUGUGCAGACCCCCAUCAAAUACAACAUGGCUUCAGGCAAGGAUAGCAAGACUGUGUGUGCAUUUUCAGACCAGAAUUGGGGAGCCCCAAUGAGGAAGUUUAUUGGGGCUGCCAAAAGAAGAUCUAUUGCUCAGCUUCAAGCCAUUGUAGAGCUCACCCUUGCUUCACUUGCAAUAGGGCAAGAAGAACUUGACCCCAAGCUGUUGAGUGAUGCAGGAUCUGAUGACAAGUAUGCACUUAUCUCAUGUGCUUAG